AAUUGUUGAUUUUAAAGCACAAACCCCUUUUCCUUUCGUUCUUUCCCGCACUCACUCUCCCACUGUUCGGAAGUCCAACCAUGGAAGCAACGCGAUUCUCCUCCAUUCACUUUCAUCCACACAGCUUCCGGACGAAACCUAACGCAAUUGGAGGAAGAAGACACGUUGAAUACAUUAAUGGAAUGGGAGCUAGGAUUUCUCUUUUCACCAUCCCCGCAUACAGCACAAGGAAUCUGAACCGGUCUUUAUUUCCGAAGCUGAACCGGACUCUUUCUGUUAACUUCUCCGACCGGUUCCGAAGUAAUUAUACACCCAUGGAGGCUCCGAAAAAUGAGAUUUCUAAUGAAGAAGUUGUUCCGUCAAAUCGUGGCGACGAAGGGGAAGCGAUUGUUGCAUCUGACAACUCUAGAAUCCUACAAUUCAAACCCAGAAUGUACAAAAACAGGUUUCUGAACUUUGUGCGUUUUAGUUCUGUCAUUAACGGUGCUGCUGAAUCGUUUUUCAAGAGCGAGAUUCGAAGGAGGUUGUUUGUGACUGCUGUGCUAAUUGUAAUUAGUCGUGUUGGUUAUUUUAUUCCUCUUCCGGGAUUUGAUAGAAGGUUGAUACCACAAGACUACUUGAGCUUUGUCUCAGGUUCAUCUGUUGAUGAACUUGGUGACUUCACAUCUGAGCUCAAGUUAUCACUUUUUCAGCUUGGAAUCAGUCCUCAGAUAAUAGCAUCUAUUAUUAUGCAGGUACUCUGUCAUGUUGUCCCUUCUCUAGUAAAGCUGCGGAAAGAAGGUCUGGAUGGGCAUGAGAAGAUUAAAAGUUACAUAUGGUGGAUGUCACUUGGCUUUGCAAUUUUGGAAGCUUUAAUAGUUUCUUGUUACUCACUUCCAUAUUCAAUUUAUGCUGCCAGUUAUAGGGUCAAGCAUGUAAUGGUGACAACGGUUUUGUUGGUUUGUGGUGCAAUGACUAUUACAUGGAUAUGUGAUACCAUAUCAGAAUCUGGAUUUGGUCAAGGUUCGUCUCUUAUCAUAUGUGUGGGUAUACUUACGGGUUAUAUGGAGACGUUGUACAAGAUGCUUACCCAGCUUUCAGUGAGUACUGUGAGUUGGUGGCCAUAUGUCCUUGCUGUAUUGGGCAUAUUCACCACAGUCACUAUGUGGGCAGUUGUAGUCACUGAAGGUUGCAGGAAAGUAAAGCUUCAAUACUAUGGUUUUAAGCUUGCUUCUGCUGCAAGGGAACAAUCACCAAUUACUGAAGUGGAGCCCUAUAUUCCUUUCAAUAUUAAUCCAGCAGGGAUGCAACCUGUUCUUACCACCUCUUACCUCUUGGCAUUUCCAAGCAUUCUUGCAAGUCUGUUGAGGUCAUCUUUUUGGGAGCAUGUCAAGGAAGUAUUGAACCCUGAAACUUCCGUUGGUGCUGAGCCAUGGGUCUACUAUUCCAUAUAUGCUUUUUUUGUCUUCCUGUUCAAUAUAUUUGAUAUUGCUAACAUGCCAAAGGAAAUUGCUGAUUAUUUAAAUAAGAUGGGUGCAAGAAUACCAAACAUAAAGCCUGGGAAGGCUACCAUAGAAUACCUCUCAAAGGUUCAGGCAUCCACACGAUUUUGGGGGGGACUGUUGUUAAGUGUUUUGGCCACUACAUCAACUAUUCUUGACCACUAUUUACGGCGUGUCAAUGCUGGAUUUGCUAUUGGUUUUACAUCAGUGCUAAUUAUUGUCGGUUCCAUUAUUGAACUUAGAAGAUCAUAUCAAGCAUAUAAUGUGAUGCCAAGCUUAAGCAAUGCGUUGAGACGAUAUGGUGUAUAGCUUACAGAAAAACCUUGCUGUCACUUCUCAGUACUGUUGAAUUUAAACCUCUGGGAUAACUUUGAUCAGCAAUUCAGCAUUGUAAGUAGUAGGAAAUUUCUGUGUUCAGAAUACAGAUUUUCCAACUGUGGUAUUCAUAACUGAUCAGAACAGCCUAUUGUUGAAAAUCUUUCCAGGAAGCUUGGUUUUUCGAGGUCGUUACAGUCUACGCUGCAGGUCUAAGAAUAUUGAGGUUGGCUAGGGUUGCUGGUAACAAGGUUCUAAGUGCAGCCUGUCGAAACUUGGUAGUAUCUGAUUCAGAAGCUUCAUCUGGUUUCUCCCUGAAAGAAACUUGUUUUGAUGGAUUUAGGAAACUGUUAGAUAGGUUAUAGUUGUAGCUGCAGCUGAAAUUUGUACAGGAAAUUCUCGUGUUAUAGACGUGAAAUGUAAUAUAAAAACGAGAUAUCCGGAUAUAGGAGGUUAAAUGCCUUGAUAGUGGGCCGUUAGCCCUGAAGAGGGGCCUAAAUGGUGGGCACUCACAUUACACUGGCAAUGUUGUACCAUGAGAUUCACCCACCGCUUUUUAGGUUGUAUGUUAUUCCGCUUUGUAAUGAUUCAUGAAAGCCUUUUGAGUCGCAUGAAA